AUGAAUAUCAUUGACUUGGGAGAGGAUAUCCUAUGCGAAGUAUGUACAUACCUUUCGUUGCCCGACAUCAUGGCAUUUUCACUCACUUGUGCCACCAUACACGAUUGGGUUUGCUCGAAUGAUGUAUUCCACAAGUUAUUUUUGAGGCGAUUUGGUCAUAUAACGCCACUCGACCCGAAAAAAUACAAAUGGAGCGAGUUACUCAAGAUAAGAAGCUCUAAAGAUUUGCAAUUUUAUACUUGGGGAAGUGGAACACUCGGCCGCUUGGGUUAUUCUCCUAGAGAUGUUUCCAACGAUAGAAGAGCCAGGCACUCGUUCGGCAUCCACACACCAACGAUUGUAUCCAACUUCAAGGAUAUCAUUAUAGAAAGCAUCCUGAGUGGCGGUUUUAGCUUUCAAUUGCUCAUUGACGGAGCCAUUUACUCCACAGGGAUGGGAUACAAUGAUGGAAGCGGUAGAAUGGCACGGCCGGGUCCACAAGAACCUGAUUACGCUCCUCACCUCGAUUUUCUGACAGAGCAAAUCGGUGUUCAUGUAGGUGUUGGCCUAAGACACCCGAUUAUGCUUGUUCCGCAACUGACUACCAGAGAAAACGAAGAUAAUUGGAAUGAACGAAUCAAGAAAAGCUCAUUUCUAACUCUCUUGAGGAUCCCGUCUGCUAAAAGUAGCUCUCAAAGAAAAAUACGAAGGAUUAGCAGUGGACGUAUGCACAUACUCGCCCUUGACAAUCAUGGCGUGCUUUAUUCCUGGGACAGUGGAAAUCACGAUCCGGAAUUAGCAGUACAAAUAAUUCUUCCCGAUAUUGACGGAUCAAUUCAAGAUAUAUCAGCUGGUUGGGACAUGUCUGCCUGUAAUGUUCGUGGCACAGGCUUACUAUACUGGCACUCGAGAGAGCCUGUUUCCAAAGAAAAAUGCGAGGAUAAAAGCUUUGAGAGCGCCGCAUUUUAUUCAAUAGUCCCACAACUGCAACUGGCCAUUAAUUUCACUUGUUUGAGUGAUACGAUCGUCUACAUAGCUCUGGAUGGACUCCUCUAUGCUUAUGAUGCUCCAGAGACACAUGAUCCACAGAGUAUUCCCAAACCUGUUUCUCUAUUUAACAGAUGGCUUAUGGAACACACAAAAAACUUAACUGAGCCACUGUUUACAAAAAUAAGUGGGUCUUUCAAAUCUUUUAGUGUCUUCACCUCCAACGGGCUGGUCCUCUUAGGAAAUAUAGAUGGUGAUUGCGAAAACUGGAUUCCAGAACUUCUUCCAGAAAUACAAAACACCGGAGUAAUUGACAUUGUCAAUGGCGACUACCACAAAUUGGCUUUGACGGACGAUGGUGAAUUGUGGAGUUGGGGAAUUGAACUGCAAAGAAACGGAUGUUUGGGCUUGGGAGAUCUUAGUUCCAGCACUGAUGACACAAUUAUCAAUGAGGGGCUCAAUGCUCGUGUAACAGUUCCUAAGAAAGUUCCAAAACCAUCGAAGGGUAGAUGGCUAGCAGUGACAGCUGGUGGUUGGCAUUCGGGUGGAUUAUUUAUAGCCGGAAUAUAG